AUGGCAGAUAAUGAAGAUAGAGAGGAAAUUACUUCCCGUGGAAACGAGUGGGAAGUUGUAUCACUCACAGCAUCAACAUAUGCUGCUGCUCCUGGUCCAAAACAGAAUGACGAUGAAAAGGAUACUGCUGUUGGAGAGAAUGAAUCAGAAACUUCUCAUGCUAUGGUUAUGUCUGGCCAUUUUAUCUUUCCACCACGUCAGCGUGAAGAGGAAGGGGGUAUUUCAAAUACAAAGGAAGAAGAAAAUUGGAAUUUUAAAGGAUUGGCCGAGUCAGAUGAUUUUUCUGGAAUUCAGUUUUUUGAUGAAAAGGACUCUGACGUAGAUUCAGACAUCUCACAUUUUCCGAAGAAUAGUGACGAAGAUAAAUAUGAUGGAUCUGACCUACCUUGCAAAGCUUGGUGGAAGAGGCAAGCUUCUUCUUUAUAUGCUCAUGCUAAAGAGGCAAACACAUUUUGGUCAAUUUUCGUUGCGGCAGCUGUGAUGGGCCUUGGGGCGUAG